GUUUGGGCGCUUUAUUAGUAAAAACUGAAUUGGCUCCUAUAUUUAAAAAGCAAUAUUUUGGUGGUGGAACAGAAAAGUUAGCUAGUGUAAAAGGUAUUCAUGUUAGAAUUGGUGGUUUUUGUAAUCCUAGUUGUUUAUCAAGAUGGGUAAACGUUAAUUUGGAUCAGGUUAUGGCUAAUUAUAAGACUAGAAAAUUAUGUGGUGAUGAUUAUGAUAUUCAUGAUAGCAAGCCCACAGGUUCUCUAUGGGUGCUAUGUCAACUAUUGAUGACAUUCUU